AUGCUUCCACUGGCCAGCGCGUCGGGCGACGCAGCUGCGGACGCUGUACGCACCGAGGCUGGGGCGCAGUGCCUGCGCGAUACAUUGCACCAUGCGGCAGCGCGUGCGCUUGAGAGCGACGCACUGUCAGGUGCGGUAUGUGCCGCGCCCGUGCUCGAAACACUGCAGCAGCUGCACCGUAGCGACCCGGCGCUGUUUUCUGCCGUGUGCGGCGGGGUGCGCGGCGGGGUGGAUGCAGCGAUCCUUGUGGGUGUGUAUGAUGUAGAGGAUGCGUGGCUGUGUGCGUUCGCGUCACACGGAGCAACCAUGCUGGACUGCGCCGUCCAGGCUGUACAGCACGCAACGGCGCAGUUCUUGGACGUGCCGUGGACCGCGGCGGUGAGUAGGGUGCGCCGUAGUGCGUGCAUGGCGCGGUGCAUCACGGCUGCUGUCCGUCGUGCGCCACUGGCAAAUCAUGCAGCGUUGGCUACGGCGGCUGCGGCACUUGGCGCUGCGCUCGCAUCCAUGUACCACGGUGUGCUCGACGUGGAAAAAAUUCCGCAAGGCGAGGAAUCUUUGACCGCAUGGCCAUGGCCGGUACCAUGGCUCGCGGCCAAAGUAGAUACGCUCGCUGCGGCCGACGAAUGCCUGUGCCUGGCUCAGGCGCUCGAUGCAGUAGAGUCAGUCAUGGCUGCGCUCCGCAGCGGCGCUCGGGCUGUGCACGAUGCAGUGUCCCUUGUGGAUGCACCGCUGCUCGAGGAUCUCGCGUGUGCACGUCCAGUCUCGCAAGCGAUCCUGCCGCAGCGCACCAUGUUUCCUAGUGUGGCAUGGCGCGCUGCUGCUUCCUUGGCGCCGGCAAAUGCAGUGGAUCCUGAGCUGGUGCAAAACAUCAUGGCGAUUUUGCCACAACUGUCGCACGCGGAUGUCGAGCGGCGCCUACGCAAGCCACGAUACCAGAGCAUGGCGCGCGAGCAGAUUGUCGAGUUGUUCCUCGACGAUCCGCAAGGGGUUGGCGACGUAGAAGAGGAAAGCAAUCCGCUCGCUGCACCGCCGCCGCCGCCUGAAAUUGGCGCGCUAGAUCCCGCGCUCAAGACGGCGAUUCUCGCACAGGUAGAGGCGGAGCCAAUAAGCUUGCCGACGGCCGACGGCGCACCGCGCAGCGAAGCGGCCGAGCGUAUUUUGCUUGCAGCGUACAAUAAGCAUGGUGAGCGCCUUUUUGCGCGCGACAAAAAGGCGCGCGGCGGCCUGGAGCGUGCGCAGCUGCGGUCGAUGCUCGCGUCCUUAAACGAGCGCCACGACGACGAUGUGAUUGAGGGCUGGGGUGUGAUGCUAAAGCGUAAUCCGCAGAGGGCUGCGAUGCUUGCCAGUGCUGCUAAAAAGGACGGGGGGGACGAGGUAGAGGCCGAGGCCACGGCCGGGGCCGGGGCCAAAGCCGGGGCCAAGGUCGAGGCCGAGGCCGAGGACAGUAGAUGA